CGCUUUUGUCCGCAGCGCCAGCGGCGGCCAUGUCGACGAAUCCGUUCAUGGUCGCAGUUGAGCUCCACUUCCCACAGCUUCUCCAGCAAGUCCGCGAACUAACUCGCCAUAAUGGAGACGCUCCAUCAUCUACCAUCAAGUUUCUCGUGUGUGUGCCGCAAAGCUUGUCCUUGUUGACAGGCAUGGUGACGAUUGCUGAUGUGGCGACGCAUGUGUUGGUUGCCGACGCCACCGUUGGCAUGUACCAAACCCUGGACGGGAGACGAGUUGCAAUAGUGGGCAGCUCCAUCGUAACGAAAGAAGGUUUUGAUGGUGUUCCCGCUCGCUCCGUUCGCAUCGUCAUGACAGACACGUUCGCCCAUGCGUCCAUAGGUCCACCCGACUCGUAUCAGGUACUCCGACUCCAACGAAUCUGUAACGCAGUGUGGAUUCAGUGCCUGCUCCUCCACAUCAAUCGACCAUUCGUGGGCGGCGUUGCCGUCCCGGAGGACAUGGGAGAAAUGGACUGCGCGACCUUUCGACGGUACCUUGCCAUGAUUCGGGCGUACCCCGAGUCGGCCGCUGUCUUUUCAUCGCUCGACGUGUUUGUCCAUGACGUGUUCGAGCCCACCACAUCCGCGUCCAAGAAACGUCCUCAACACUACUUAACGCCCCGACGACUGCGCCAUGUAUGGACAAAAUGCGUCGACCUUCUGGACGACACAGGCACGCUGGACACUCCGCUCUUGGCGCCAACCCAUGUUCAGCAUCGGCACCUGCAGCUCGCCCAGGCCGUGGAAUCGUACUUGAUGGAGCAAGUUCACGACGUUGUCUUCGCCGCUGUCGUUUUCAGAUGUCGAAAGCAAGAUGAUGCGGUGAGGCAUACGUGGCGACUCCUGGAGCACGCAACUCCGCGCGAUUUCAACAUUGCCCGCGAAUUCCAAUGUGAACAGCGCCAAGCGAUUGACUUGAUUGCCAACACGCACGUGGAAUGCCACUCGCCGCUGGCCAUGCUCAUGCAGCUGAAACGGGCCCUGACGGCACUGAACGACGCGAUCAGCCGACACCUCGUCCGCCAUCGCACGAACACCCCUCGCGACGCAAGUAUCGCACAGUACUUGAGCACGGACGACGUUCUCGACCAGCUAUUGUUCGUUCUCGUCCAAGUUUCCAAGCAGUGCCCUGCAUUCCCACUCGCCGCGAUCGUAACGUACAUUCAAGAGUACCAUUUUGUAAACUCGUCCGUGUCAGCGUUGGGGUUUGCGCUGGCCAACUUUCAAGUCGCGCUGGAGUGGUUCACGUCGCACUCGGACGAUGAUGUUCCGCCUCCACGCCCCGUCGUAGUCGAGCCCGUGCCGCCACUGGCGGCAGUCACUACUUCGUUGGCAACAGCGGCGACUUGCACGACGUUGCGCGUCAUGGGUUCAGCGCCGUUUGCCGGUCAAAUCAUUCGAGACACUGUCCGCAACAUCUCGUGCGGCCCUCGUUGGUUUGCGAUCGUUUCAGAUGCAGGUGACGUCUCGACGUGGGGAGAUGCUUCGGGCGGACGAUUGGGUGUGACGCUUCUGACCACGACUCGUCUGGACGUUCCGACGGCAAUUCCUCAGCUGCAACAUGUUGUUCAAGUGUCGUGUGGUGGAUGGCAUGUCUUGGCGUGCGACUUGAAUGGGCAUGUUUAUUCCUGGGGGUCGAAUGUCAACGGUCAGUUGGGGCUUGAAUGCCCCAAUGUAUCGAUGGUACCGACGCCGACGUUAGUUGAAGGUGCGCUCCCACAUUCGUUGUUCAAAAGGGUCGAAGGAUGCAUGCGUGGCAAUGGUAGAUCUGGUUGGAACGUACAUCAGCGCCGUGGCGAGUGGCGAUGGCCAUUCGCUGGCCCUGACAUCGUCGGGGCAAGUUUAUUCGUGGGGAAGCAACCGAUUUGACCAGCUCGGUCGGGAUCUCCAACAAGGAUGGACUUUUCAGGUUCGAACAAUGCGUCCACCUCGUCCAUCAUGGCUCAUAUUCGUUGGUAUGCCAGGUUGGACGUGUGGACCACGAUUGGGGCGGUCGCAACCUGCGAUUUGAGCGGCGGUGUGGCACAGCUUGCUCUGACGUACGGGUUUCGUGAGUGUCGGUGUAGGUUUUUUUGAGCUGUGUACUUGUCAUAGAUGGUCGACCAAGUUGCGCCAGGUGCCGCGAUGCGCAUCGCGGCAGGAAGUUUCCAUUCUGCUGUGAUUACACGGGACGGGGCGCUGUUCAUGUGGGGCUGCGGGCACAGCGGUCAACUGGGUCUGGGGUCGUUUAUGGAUGCCUCCGUCCCAACUCAGGCACGAAUUGGUUCUCCGUCCCUGUCAGCUGCAACUUGUGAACUCGACGGGCGCUUGCUGCAUCAUUAGGUGCUGCAACUGGCUCACGACGAGGUGUCCGUGGCCCACGUCGGGUGUGGCGCCAAGUACUCUUGCGUGCUGCUCGCGUCUGGCCAUGCGCUCAUUGCUGGACAACUCGUGGAUCAUGAUCGCGUCGUUCUGUCGUCGACUUGGUUUGUCAAGGUCCCGACCCCCGACGACGUCGACGAUGCAGCGUUCGCUUCGCACUUUGUGUCGAUUUCGUGCGGUCCGGCCCAUUGCGCCUUUGUGAAUGUGCGUGGAAAUGUUCUGGUACGACACGUCGUUGUGCUGACCAUCGGGGGGCACUUCAUUGUUUGCACGGAUUAGAUGUGGGGCACGAACGCACAAGGUCAGAUUCUGCCACAGGACGGCACGGUCGACGUGGUGCAUCCACCACGAUGGCUGGCGUCGCGAGUCGCCCACGUCACGUGCGGGGAGUCCCACACCAUGUUGGCGAUCGUCGAAUAGCAACACGACCGGAUUCCAUGGCUCUUGGCCGACAGCUCCGAUCGGGUAACCGAGUAAUGAGACUACAGGCACGAUCGCAUUGCAGCACAUAUUCAUGCCCGAGUGGAUCGCCGCCGCCCGCGCGGUCCACAAUGGAUUCACACAUCAUAUCUUGGGCUGUUUCAAAGUC